AGGCAAUUGUCAGCUGAAAAUCUCACGCCCCAAGAUAUAUAGCCCCUCAAACAGCGGUUACAUGCAAUCCCAGUAGUUUUUUCAGACAAAUAUUUCCAUCUCCUCCCUUUUUCUCCACAGCUUCCUGCUAAUCAUACCCCAAAUCACAAAGCCAGUAAGAUGGGCACUGAAGUUGUAAUGGUGGAUGAAGUCCCUUUUCCUCCUCAGAUCACAACCAGCAAGCUAUUAUCUCUGCUGGGUCAAGGAAUUACCGACAUUGAGAUUCACUUUCUUCAAAUCAAGUUCACAGCAAUUGGGGUUUACUUGGACCCUGAAGUUGCUUCACACCUUCAACAGUGGAAGGCCAAAAAGGCAGAUGAACUUGCAGAAGAUGAUGACUUUUUUGAUGCUCUUAUUUCUGCCCCUGUUGAGAAGUUCAUUAGGGUUGUGGUGAUCAAGGAGAUCAAAGGGUCACAAUAUGGAGUGCAGCUUGAGAGUGCAGUGAGGGACAGAUUGGCAGCUGAUGACAAAUACGAGGAAGAGGAGGAGGAGGCCUUGGAAAAAGUUGUUGAGUUCUUCCAAUCAAAGUACUUCAAGAAGGAUUCCGUCAUCACAUUCCAUUUUCCUGCAACUUCUGCCGCGGCCGAGAUUGUGUUUAGCACCGAAGGGAAGCAAGAGUCGAAACUCAAAGUGGAGAAUGCAAAUGUGGUGGAGAACAUCAAGAAAUGGUAUUUGGGUGGGACAAGAGGGGUGUCUCCUUCGACCAUCUCCUCCCUGGCCAACGCACUCUCAGCUGAACUGAGCAAGUGAGUUAACUAAGGAAGGUCUAGUUCUUGGGGCUUAUGGGAUGUUACUGUUUGAAUUGCAAGGCUCGUUUUGAAAGUUUGUGAAGGGGAAAAAUCUGCGGUUUCUUGUUCUGUUUUGCGUAAUAAAAUGAAUGAUAUAUCGAGUUCUGUCCA